AUGAGAGGUAACUACACAAACCAGGAGGGAAGCAAGAACCCACACGAGAAAAAAAGCAUCAAAAUUAAAGUAGUAGAAGAAGAUGAACGAAGAUGGUAUCACCUCUGCGAAUCCCAAUUCCUCUCUUCCCAAACCUCCCUCUUCAUCUCCAACUCCUGCUGCUAGCUCUGCUGGGGCUUCGUGGCCUGCCGUUCCGGCGAAUGUUGCUGACGGAGAGGGCCGCCAUAAUGGCAAAUCAAGCGCCGAAUCGGAUUUGGCAGCUGCCGCCGGCUUCUCUUCGGAUUCAAACCUUUCGUGUAGGCCUUGGGAGCGUGGAGAUUUGCUCCGGCGCCUUUCCACUUUUAAACACGCCGGAAAAAUGCCCAAGAUUGCUGGCUCAUUGGCUUGUGCCAAAAGGGGCUGGGUGAAUCUUGAUGUUGCCAAGAUUGAGUGUGAGGUAUGCUAUUUCUUCUGA